AUGCAGCGUUCCCUCUUCACUCAAACCCCCUCCUCCUCCGCCAUCCCCCUCCGCUCCGACACCCCAAACUCUCACCCCACACACACCCCCGAUGUCCUAGUCAUCGGCGGCGGCUUCGCAGGCUGCUACCUCCUGCACCAUCUGCGCCUGCGCGGCUUCACCGCCAAAAUCAUCGAGUCCGGCACCGACCUCGGUGGCACAUGGCACUGGAACAGCUACCCCGGCGCGCGCGUGGAUUCGCAAUGGCCCGUGUACGCGCUCAACAUACCAGAAAUCUACAGGAAGUGGAAAUGGAGCGAGCACUACCCGGGGCACGAGGAGAUUAAGCGGUAUUUCAGGUUUGUUGGGGAGGAGUUGGGGCUGUAUAGGGAUUGUGUGUUUGGCGAGACGGUUGUUGAUGUUGGCUGGGAUGAAGGUAGUAAGAGUUGGAAGGUAAGGACGGAGAAAGGGUUGUUGGUGCAUGCGAAACAUGUUAUUGCGUGCACCGGGUUUGCGGCGAAGAGGUAUUUUCCCGAUUGGAAGGGGCUAGAUACGUUCAAGGGCGAGAUGCAUCAUAGUAGUUUCUGGCCCAAGGGCGGCGUCGAUGUUAAAGGGAAGAAAGUUGCGGUGGUGGGCACGGGGGCAACGGGCGUGCAGAUUAUUCAGGAGUGGGCGAAGGAGGUGGGGGAUGAGGGGAAACUUACGGUUUUUCAGCGGACGCCGCAGUUGGGGUUUCCGAUGCAGCAGAGGAAGAUUAGCGAGGAGGAGAAUGAGGAGAUGAUGGCGGAGAUUGAGGGGAUUAUGGAGACAAGUCGGAGGACAAGGGGUGGGUUUGCGUUUGACUCUGAGAGAGUGUUGAAGACGUUUGAUCAUGAUGAGGAGGAGAGGGAGCGGUAUUUUACGAAUUUAUGGGAGAAGGGCGGAUUCAGGUUCCACGGAAUGAGCUACAGCGACAUGCUGACAGACGAGAAGGCCAAUGAUGAGGCAUAUAAGUUUUGGGCGAAGAAAGUCAGAGCGAGAAUUAAGGACCCAAGGAAGAGAGAACUGCUUGCUCCACUCAAGAAACCUCACCUCCUAGGUGGCAAGCGACCGAGUAUGGAGCAGUGGUAUUACGACAUUUUCGACCAGCCAAACGUUGACAUUGUCGAUGUCAGGGCGAAUCCAAUUGAGGAGAUCGUUCCAGAAGGCAUCCGGACAGCAGACGGGACUUUGCACGAAUUUGACACGAUCGCUCUGGCUACAGGCUUCGAUAGCGUUACGGGCGGACUGAAAGCCAUCAACAUCCGAGGAACAGAGGGACUGUUGAAGGACAAGUGGGAAAAAGGCAUUUGGACUCAUCUCGGCAUGACUGUCUCGUCAUUUCCGAACUUCUUCAUAGUGUACGGACCGCAGGCACCGACAGCGUUUGCCAAUGGACCAAGUGCAGUCGAACCGCAAGCCGACUGGAUCAUCGCAGUGUUGGACGACAUGAGAAAACAAGGAAAGCAGAGAAUCGAAGCCACGGAAGAAGCAGAGAAGAAGUGGAAGGAGCGAGUCAUCGCCCACAGUGUGGCAACGCUGAGACACACUGUACCGAGCGGAUGGAAUGGCGGAAACAUACCAGGCAAGGUGCAAGAACCAUUAUCGUACGCUGGUGGCCUGUCGGAAUACAGAGAGAGGAUAGACGAAGUCCGACAGCAGGGCAUGACGGGCUUCACUGUUAGUUGA